UAGUGUAUAAAAAGCAUUAGGACUGCUGAUAGAAGAGGGAAGUUUUAUGACACAAGACCAACAGUGCAAUGGCUGUAGGUUCUCACUUCAUUUGGAUUCCCUUCCUUCUCUCCUGUGUCUUUCAAGCUUCUGACAGCAGACAUGUCCGUCAGUUUGUGAGUAGUGGUCAUACGGGAAAUUCAGAGAUAACUCCAUCAGUAGGAAUUGAUCCCAAGAAUGUAAAUGUAAUGUUAAAUAUCAAAACUUGUACUGACAAUGAAACCUCUGCGUUGAGGAGAGAAACCAGAUUGCUGAAACUGCAGCUUUCCACAUGCAGUUCCACAGCCUCAGCUAUUACUGGCUCUUAUCAAACCCAGGUACAGAACAAAAUGAAACGGCUUCUGGAGACAUAUGAUAGUGACACAUUUCUGAUUCUGAAAAUCAUUACACUCACCAGGGAGGUGAAUACAUUACAGAAGAAGAUCAAACAUGCUGCUAAUUCUACUGAAAAUACUUUUGAAAUCACAGCGCUGCAGAGAGAGCUGCAAGAGAAAACCAAUGAACUGAAUGUAAAGACACAGCAGAUUGAAAGAAGCCACACAAACGCAUCGCUGAUUCUUCAGAUCAUCUCACUGCAAAAUCAGAUCUGGGAUUUGGAACAGGCAAAAUCAAGAAGUGGAGAAACUAGUCUUCAAAUCGACAAGAGAAUUCUGGCUCUGCAAGAGCAAAUGGACCUGUUGAUCAGUCAGCAGCGAGGCAAAGGAUAUGCAGACAUCGAUAUGCUGGAGCUGAUUUCUGUGCACAGUAAGAUCGCAGUGAUGCAGAGGCUCAUCCGUGUCCACAUUGAGCAAUCCAGAGUUAAUGCUGCUGAUUAUCAGAGGCAAUGGAGGCAAAAAGUUGAGCUACUUAAAAGGAAGAUUUUGCAGUUGAAUCGUGAUGAGAAUAACAUAGAUCUUACAAAGGACAUUUUGAAACUGCAGGCCGAGAUAGAGAAUUUUAGACAGUUAUUGACGAACAGCAAAACCACAACUGAUUUCCAACUUAAAGAGCUGAGAUUUAUUUUGGAGGAGGAGAAGAAAAAGCAAGACAAGUUACAGAAACAACUGGAGGAAGAAGAGUAUGGCCAGGCACAACUGAUCAUGAAAAUCAUCAACAUAAUGAACGAGUUGAGAGAGCUAGAUGUUGAGGAGCAAGGCCAGACAACAUCAACAAGUCAAGCCACCACUCUUCAGACUCUGCUUCAAGCCAAAGAAAUGGAAUAUGCCAAAGCUCAGGAUAAAAUAAAUGAGCUGCAGAGGGAACUGCGAUUAAAGAAUGAAAAAUGCUCUGGUCUUGAGGAAAAAUAUGAGCAGGUAAAGACUGAAUAUGAACAGACGAUUGUAGACCUGAAAAGAACUGGGAACGACAAAGCAGCACUCAUUCUGAACGUGAUAAACCUGCAUGAUGAGCUGAAGACUCUGAGUGCUCUGAUCUCCACCACAAAAGACCCAGAGAGGAUCUCAGAGCUGCAGAGGCAACUGGAAGAGAAGCAAGAAGAACUGAACUCCAAGACUGCAGACAUAGAGAGACUGAUUGCCAACCCAAAAAUAAUUUUAACGAUCAUCGAGCUGCAGAAUGAGAUAUGGGACCUUGAGAAAACGGCUGCCAAUAGUGACCGUGUAAAAGAGUUGCAAAACAGAGUGGAUGGCCUUAUCACUGAAAUAGACGACGAAGGCGAUGAAAACACAAAACUGAUGCUGAAAAUCAUGACGCUGCAGAGUCAGGUGGGGCAGCUGCAGAGACAGUUGUCAGACCUCCAGAAGUUAGAAACCUCUCAGGCAACCCGUAAGAACCUCCAGCUAACCUUUACAAAUCCCCAAGCAAGCAAAUUCCUUCAGAUUCAGCUUCAUGCCAAAGGAGCGGAACAUGCCAAAGCUCAGGCUGAGGUCAGAGUUCUGAACGUGAUAAACCUGCAUGAUGAGCUGAAGACUCUGAGUGCUCUGAUCUCCACCACAAAAGACCCAGAGAGGAUCUCAGAGCUGCAGAGGCAACUGGAAGAGAAGCAAGAAGAACUGAACUCCAAGACUGCAGACAUAGAGAGACUGAUUGCCAACCCAAAAAUAAUUUUAACGAUCAUCGAGCUGCAGAAUGAGAUAUGGGACCUUGAGAAAACGGCUGCCAAUAGUGACCGUGUAAAAGGCGAUGAAAACACAAAACUGAUGCUGAAAAUCAUGACGCUGCAGAGUCAGGUGGGGCAGCUGCAGAGACAGUUGUCAGACCUCCAGAAGUUAGAAACCUCUCAGGCAACCCAGCUCGCAAAUGAUCUUACAACCACGAAGAAAGAGCUGCAGAAAUAUGUCAACGAGCUGAACGAGAAGAAUCAGACAAACGCCAGGUUGAUUCUUACAGUCACUGAUCUGCACAACCAACUCAGAAACCUAGACAAAGAACAACGCAACAAUAACACAUCGUUUUUAACAAUUACUCAGCUGAGGGAACAACUGAAAGCAAAAAUGACGCAGCACUCUCACGAUCAAGCUGAGAUUAAGGUCCUUCAGAUUCAGCUUCAUGCCAAAGGAGCGGAACAUGCCAAAGCUCAGGCUGAGGUCAGAGAGCUGCAGAGGAAACUGCGAUUAAAGAAUGAAAAAUGCUCUGGUCUUGAGGAAAAAUAUGAGCAGGUAAAGACUGAAUAUGAACAGACGAUUGUAGACCUGAAAAGAACUGGGAACGACAAAGCAGCACUCAUUCUGAACGUGAUAAACCUGCAUGAUGAGCUGAAGACUCUGAGUGCUCUGAUCUCCACCACAAAAGACCCAGAGAGGAUCUCAGAGCUGCAGAGGCAACUGGAAGAGAAGCAAGAAGAACUGAACUCCAAGACUGCAGACAUAGAGAGACUGAUUGCCAACCCAAAAAUAAUUUUAACGAUCAUCGAGCUGCAGAAUGAGAUAUGGGACCUUGAGAAAACGGCUGCCAAUAGUGACCGUGUAAAAGAGUUGCAAAACAGAGUGGAUGGCCUUAUCACUGAAAUAGACGCAGCGGCGAUGCUGAAAAUCAUGACGCUGCAGAGUCAGGUGGGGCAGCUGCAGAGACAGUUGUCAGACCUCCAGAAGUUAGAAACCUCUCAGGCAACCCAGCUCAUAAAUGAUCUUACAACCACGAAGAAAGAGCUGCAGAAAUAUGUCAACGAGCUGAACGAGAAGAAUCAGACAAACGCCAGGUUGAUUCUUACAGUCACUGAUCUGCACAACCAACUCAGAAACCUAGACAAAGAAAAGAACAAUGUGAUCCAAACAGCUUCUGCUGCAAGUAUUAAGCUGAGAGAACAACUGAAGGCAAAAGUGGAGGAGCACUCUCGUAAUCAGGCUGAGAUCAAGGCUCUGCAGAAUCAACUGAACCAGACAGAGGCACAGUGUUCCAGUUAUGAACAGAAACUUCAAGAGCUGCAGAAUGACCUGGAUGCCAAAUUGACGGAUCUGCAGUCCAAAUCCGAUACUGUUACUUCACUUGCUCUUCAAGUUUCUACAUUAACCCUGCAAGUGGAAGAGCUAAAGAGACAACUGCAAAACACUCAGUCUGAAACCAAGAUAAAAGAACUUCAAAAAAUUAUUGAUGAGAAAACGAAUGAGCUGGCCAAAAAAACAGAGGCGCUAAAAGCAAAAAGUGCUCAACCACAAAGAAUUCUGCAGAUUAUUGCAAUACAAACAGAGAUUGAGAAAUUGGCGAUUGUGGCAACAAAUGACACACAUUACAACAAGAUUAGAGCACUCCAAGACCAUUUGAACUAUUUGAUUGAAGGAAUUCAAGAUGAAAACAGUGAAAAUACUCAACUGAUAUUUAAAAUCUUGGCCCGACAAGAUGAAAUAGCAAAACUGAGGAAGCAAAAAGAGGCUCAGAUACAAGCAGAGUUGGAGAAAAUUAAAGAUCUGGAGAAUGAACUGGAGGACGUCAGAAAUCAGAUAAAACAAAAGACACUGCUGCUGCACUCAAGUGACACGAGGAUUGCUAACUUGUCGGCUGAGAUUAUGGAACUUCACAAGAAAAUCAAACCACUGGAAGUUAAGAUAUCAGACCUCAAAGGAGAAAACGCUCAGAACCUCGAAGAGUAUAAGAAGAGACUGGAUUUGACAAAGAGGCAACUGCAAGACAGUGAACUUCUACUCAAGGAAACAGAUGCAAAUAAUUUUAAAUUGAUAAUGGAGAUUGCUGAUCUGAGGGCACAACUGACAAAGACUCAGAAAAAGGCAUCCAAAGCUAUACAAAAAAAUAUCAAUGAAUUGGAACAAGAAAUACAAGCACAGCAAAGAGAGAACAGAAAACUUGAAAACGCAAAUAAAGACUUAGAGGCAGAGGUCAACAUACUGAAUAUACGCUGCUCUGAUGCCAACACCCGGUGUGACCAUUUACAAAGACAACUGCAACAGAGCCAGGAGGAUUUGAAUCACCUGCAGAAAGAAUACAACAACUUAGAGAGGCAACUGCAGCAGGGCCAGGACAACGUUCAUUACCUGCAGCAGCAGCUGCAUGAGAAGGAUAGCAGGCUCAGCCAGCUGCAGCAGGAGUUAGAAGAACAGACCAGGGAGUAUAACAAACUGCAGGACAACUACAAAAAUCUUCAAAACAAACUGAUUGAUGAGGAAGAUAAAACGAUCAUUGCCUGGAAGAUGGCCUUUGAUCCAAACACAGCAAACCCAAGAAUAGCUCUGUCUGACGAUAACACUGUGAUGUCCACUACUGCGGAAAUGCAAAAUGUCCCCGAACUUCCAGGCCGGUUUGAUGUGGUUCUCGCUGUCCUGGGCUCAACUGGCUUCUCAAGUGGCAGAAGAUACUGGGAGGUAUCUGUAGCUGGGAAGCUUUGUUACCACCUUGGGAUGGCCAGUGAAUCUAUUCAAAGAAAGGGAAGUAUGGCAUUCAAUCCGACAAAUGGUUUCUGGACUAUAGUCCUGAACAAACAGGGUCAGUACAGAGCUAUUGAUAAGAUACCAGUUAUUAUUCCAGUUCAGACACAACCUCUGACACUGGGCAUUCUGCUAGACUACAAAAAGGGACAGAUCUCUUUUUAUGAUGCUGGUGCCAGAUCUCAUAUGUACUCAUUUGUAGGUCAAAGUUUUACGGACAAAAUCUUUCCAUUUAUCAAUUUUUGUGUUGAGGAUGUUGACAGUCAAAUUCCAAUAGUGUUACUUGCUCCUGGACCGACUGACUGGAUAAAAUAGACAACAGAGCAAGUUAUGUUUUGUCCUAUGUGUCACAUCUUAGCUAUGCAUCUAAUUUAUGGUCAUCUUUGUAGGUAAUAAAAACAAUCCCUGUGACGGCAAAAAUAGUUCUCACGCAUACUUUGCUUAAUGUUCCAGACAAUAAAACAAAUAUACAACAA